AGCCGGUGUUUUUAUUUAUUGACGCCCCUCUGCUCCUUUAAGCUGGCUUCCAUGCUCCUGGGACCGCAGGUCUUGUGUGCAGGAGUACCAUGACUCUGACCAGAGGAUCUUUCACCUAUGCCAGCGGCGAAGAAUACCACGGCGAGUGGAAAGAAGGUCGGAGACACGGCCUCGGUCAGCUCACGUUUCAAGACGGAACCUGCUACACGGGUCAGUUUGAGAACGGACUCUUCCACGGUUCUGGUGUCCUGAUUUUCACUGAUGGAUCCAGGUACGAAGGAGAGUUCUCACAUGGAAAGUUUCAAGGCACGGGGGUCUUCAGUCGAUACGAUGGCAUGAAAUUCGAGGGCGAAUUCAAAGACGGGCGCGUGGAGGGAUACGGGUUAUUGACUUUUCCGGAUGGAACCCAUGGCGCUCCACGAAACGAGGGCUUGUUUCAAAACCACAAGCUGCAGAAACGGGAGAAGUGUCCAGGAGUGGUGCAGCGUGCGCAGGCUUCAGCUUCCGGUGCUCACAGCCUGGCACUUUGACAGCAUUGGACUCCAGAGGAGGAGACGUUAGCAGAGUUCCAGCACCUUCCAGAAGGGCCUUAAGGAUGUACACUUUGCUCCAAUUCUUGGUAUCUUUAGCUUUUUUUAUUUGUUUAUUUAUUUUACGACCCCAUUUUUUUUCUCUCAUAUUCUGCAGUCCAACUUUACGGUAACCAAAUGCAAAUGCAAUUUGACCAAAUAGCCAUUUUCCGAAUAGCUU